CUGCACUUGUUUGUAGUAGCCUUGUAGUAAGAGUAGAGUGAGUCAUCGGUCAUCGCCUGAGAAUCUGUGCGUGUUCCUUGUCUUGGCCGCCCUUCGCCAAUCGCCAUUAUCAUUUUAUGUAAAAAUCGCUUUUAUCCUCGUGCUGUACGCUUGAUUAUCUUGUUUUUUAGACUUUUAUUAAAUUAUGGUGAGACAAAAGUGUUUUUUGUGUAAGGUUGAGGCUAAGAAAGCAUCCAGUGAAGGGAUAUCUUUUCACAGACUACCUGCAAAUGAAAAGCAGAGAGAGAAAUGGAUGUCUUUCUUGGAACUUACCAAGCUAGAACCUCAAUCCCACAAAGAUGGUUGCAAUAUGCUCCAAGCAUUUGUUGCAACACGAUUUCACUACUGAUGCUAGUGGAAGAACUUGGCUAAAACCUGGUGCUGUUCCAAAGUCCAUUUGGCCAGUUGUUUCCUCUCAAUGUACAUCAUCAUCAAGUAUUGAUAUUUUCCCAAAACAAGUUUCUGUGAUGCCAAAAGGUAUAGCAAGCUCCAUAGAUGUGACUGGCAGCUCCAUAAGAAGCUCUUCAUCCAGAAUUAAUACUGAUGAAAGUUUCAAUGUGGAAGAUUGGCCAUCAUCAAGUUCUUCUAACACUUGGAGUGCCUUACCUGCAACUGUGACAGCCUCAGAAAAUGGUUAUGAAUCAGAUGUGUUUACUGAAUCUGUUCAAGCAAAGAAGAAAAGAAAGAGGAAGAGGUAUGUGGGAGACUUAACCAGUAGCGACUUUUCUACAUCUGAAAAGAGAAAAUGGAAUUUUCGUCUCAUGAAAGACACUAUUUUGAGACAGAGGAAGUUACUACAAAACAAACAACGUUUGAUUCGAUAUUCCAGAAAUAGAAUCCAAACACAGAAGGAAUUCCUUGAUAUGCUAAAUCAAAAGUUUAAUAUGAAUGUAUCAACUGAAAGUGAACUCAAGGCGGGUCUGUCGGGUCCAGCCUCUCAAAUAUUUGACAGGAUGUUAAAGGUCCAUCAACACAAAAAUAUGAUCCUGUGUUAAGAAGCUUUGCGGUGACCCUUACGUUUUACCCACCUAAGGCGUAUACUUUUAUUCAAAUUCAAAUAAUUUAUUCAAAUAAUUAUUACAUUGACAGGCUCUAGAAAUGUUAGACGAGGAUACGAUGAAUUUUAAAAUUUGUGUGUAUCCCCGAAUAACAUUUAACAUUUAAUUUCCUUAUCAAAAACUACAACAAUAGAAAAAGCUACACUACAAAAUUAAUAUAAAUGAUAUAUACGCACUAUCUAAUGUAGUAAAGCUAUAUAUUACACAUGUAGCAGCGCAGAUACAGGUAUUCGUUUACUCAGAGAACCAUACUAUUUUUUUUGUAAUAAGUAUAUAAUUAGUUUUUACACAGUAUCUAAUUUUGUUUUUAAUGGAUUUUGUAAUAAUUCGUUAAUUCCUUAUGAGAAGCGGUAAUAGAUUUAACAAUAUGGGACCUGUAAAAGAAAUAUUUCUCUGAGUAAAAGACAAACUCUGCAGAGAAGAACAGAAUCUCGAUUCAGUUACUGCCCUGGUUUGUAUCGGGUGGUUAACUCUCUCAUGAAAGAUCCCAUACUUUAAAGAAAAUUGAAUAACUCUUACACAGUAAAGUUGCCUUAAGUUUAGAAAUUCUGUUUGAGAAAAAAGAUCGGUAGAAUACACUUUAGGUUUAAAUAACAAAAUUUUUAAUAAAAAUUUUUGAGCCACUUUUAAUGGUUGUAAAAGGGAUUCACAUGCUGAACCCCAGCACAAAAUGCCAUAAUUUAAAAUAGAUUCCGCUAGUGAAAAAUACACCAUUUUCAUUAACUUAAAGGUUAAGACAUUCCUUAGUUGCGAAAAUUUGUACACUAAUUUCCUAACUUUUUUACUGAUGUAGUCAACAUGUAUAUCCCAUCUUAAGAAUCUAUCAAAAUAGACACCCAAAUAUUUAAUAUUGUCACAGGAUUGUAUUUUUAAAUGACAGUUACAAUUUAAUUGAACGCUACAUGAAGAGUUAUGUAAGGGAAUAUACACUUUAAUAGGCAUGUCGCUUCUGGUUAUAGAAAAAGAUAUAAAUUUUGUCUUUUCAAUAUUUAGAGUCAGUUGAUUUAUGUCUAACCAGCAUUUUAUUUUGUGUAAGUCUAGUUCAGCUUUAGUAAAAGCAUCAAGCCAUGAACUACCUGCGAUUAAAAGGGCAGUGUCAUCUGCGAAGCACACAAUUUUACCAUUAACGUUUAAGUUUAAGAGACUAUUACCAUACACUGAGAACAGAAUCGGGCCAAGCACUGUACCUUGCGGUACGCCAACAACUACUUUUUGAGCUUCACUAUAAAUAACAUCGCUUAACUUAACUUUUUGAUAUCUGUUCUCCAGGUAAGAUUUAAAUAAAUUAUGUACGAAUUCCUAUGCUUUCUAGACGUUUGAGUAAAAUAUUGUGAUUGACCGUAUCAAAGGCUUUUUUAAGUCUAAGAAAACAGCUACUGGUUUAAGACCCUUAUUUAUACUAUUUGUCACAAAUUGGUUAACAUUAUACAACGCAUUAUCAGUACUAACCUCUGGUUUAAACCCAAACUGAUACGGAGAUAUUAUUUUAUUUUUCUCAGGGUAGUCCCAUAACUUUGAUUUAAUGCACUUUUCUACUAUUUUAUUAAGCACACUACACAAAGCUAUAGGCUUAUAGUUAUUUAUGUCCGUUUUAUCCCCACCUUUGUGGCUUGGAAUGACAAUGGAGUAUUUAAAAAUUUUAGGAUAACAACCAGAAGAAAAAAUAAUAAACUUUUAUGAUUUUCUUUUAUAAUUCUAGAGGAUAUGGCGUCCUCUCCGCAGAAAUAAGGAUUUAUCCAAACAAUGCUCAUAAGAUUGUGGUUUUGGUACUAUUUUAGAUGCUAGUUUUUUGCCAAUUGAACUAAAAAAGUCAUUCAUUUCAUUAGCUAUCUCAUGUAAGUCUGUGGUAGUUUGACCAUUAUUUUUUUUUAAUGAUUUUUAUUAGAAACACAGUUAAUAAAUCUUUACCUGAUUUAAGUACAAUCAGUAAGUGGUAUAAAUCAGUUAACACGUUAACCGCCGCAUCGCAUUUUUAAUAAUUGUAAAGUUGACAUCAUGUACCGCCGGCGGCCAACUGACUGUAUCAGUGUCGUGCCAUCUGAACCGCCAGCGUACAAGAGCAGACCUGCAUUUUAAGAUCAGUUGUAUGCCAGCGGUUCAGGUUACGUGCAUUUUCCCGCAUACGGAUGUUGGCGUACAAGUAGAAGUGCAUCACUGGUUUGGCAAUCGAAUCAUGCCAAUGUGAAAAACAUGGAUCGAAAAAAGUUUUAUUGUUAUUCAUUAAUUAUUACAGAUAAAACUCACUACAUAGAUAUUCUCAAAAAUGAGCAGGAAAACACUUGAUACAAAUAAAAGGUUUUUCGGGACAGGUGUCGCAAUAAGUAGUUACUCUUUUUGCUGAUUUUGCUGCUAGUUCCCAGCUUUGCUCCGCCGCUAAUUUCUUGUAACAAUAAAUACACCUUUUUCUAACUUUUCUAUUCCUUUUGCACUUCUCUUCAGUCUCCUUCAUUUCGUGCUGUACUUUUUUUCGCUUUUUAUCCUGUUGUGGAAUUUCGCCUUCAACAAUUAUUUCCAAAAGCGACUCUGCCAAAUGUUCCCGAAAUUUUGUAAUGGAAAUGUUUGAAGUUGGAUGCACCAGUUUGUAUACAACUAAAGCAUUAACCAAAGAUGUCCCCAUCAAUAAUUCGAUGGCAACUUUAUGGUACCACCUUACCGAUUUUCGGACAGGAGAAGAAUAUGCUGCCAAUUGGUCGGACAAAUCAAUACCCGCCUUUCCUGCAUUGUAAUCGAUAAUGCAUUGUGGUUUUUGAACCUCUUCCCGUUUCCUAUUUAACUUUCCUGUAUUUACCACUUCCAAACUGUGAUAAGUAGAGAGCAUUAAAACGUCUCUUUUGUCUUUCCACUUAGAGACAACGAUUCCGUCUUCAUUUUCUCUUCCUAUAAUUUCCCCUUUUUUUAAUUUUGCUGACAUAACUUCUUUUGGUAGACCCUUUCUGUUCUUUCUUAGGGUCCCAACUGAGUGAGUGCUUCGACUUAAAAGUUGUUUAGCAAGAGGAAUGCUGGUAUAAAAGUUGUCGUUCACCACAACCCUUCCUUCAUCCAAAAAAUCUUUACACAGAUCCAUCACCGUACUCAUUGGGAGGGAUACUUCCCAGUCCCCACCUUUGCCUUGAUAAACAGAAAAUGAGUAAGUAUAUCCUUUGUGAUCGCACAUUUUAAACAGCUUGAUGCCAUAUUUAUGUCGUUUUCCAGGAAUAUACUGUAUAAAUUUUAGUCGACCACGGAAGGGAACCAUGCUUUCAUCUAUUGCUAUAACUUUUCCAGGCUGCAUUACCUGUUUAUAUCUCAAAUUAAAAUGAGAAAUUAAUGGAUAGAUUUUGUAGAGACGAUUAUCUUUCGCUACCACGUCCUCAUUCGAAAAAUGCCAAAAGCGAAGAAGAGCUUGAAAUCUGUUUCUUGGCAUUAUUUUUGGAACUAGGUUAUUUCUAUAUAUGGGAUGUGUGCUCCAGUAAGCCUCAAUAUUCGGGUAACGCACUAAACCCAUAUAAAGCACAAUGCCGAUAAACUUCAUCAUUUCUGGUACUGUUACUGGCUUCCAAAGUGAAAGUCGGCUUUUGGACUUUGGUCUACCUAGCUUGGCUAUUACUUGUUGUGCAUUUCGAUUUGUUUCUAUAACCAUUGUUUCUAACAACUCUUGGUCACGAACAGGGAAUACGCAUCUAACUCUGUAAAGCCGCUUGUUGUAGCCAAGUUUGGGUUUAGGCCUUCAUUUCCUAUAAAUGUAAAUGUUUGCUGAUUACUUCCAGUAACUUCUCUCCAUUCAGAAUUUACAGUCACAUUGUUAACAGGAUUAUCAUUAGGAGUACCAUCUAGCGAAAGGUUUCCUUCGAAAGAUCUCGCUUCUGAAGAGCUGGAAGAACUGUACUGAAAGUCCGGAUCUCUGACGCUAUCAUCACUGUCCUCGGCGACUUCGUUGCUUUCCGAACUCUCUGACUGCGACUCGGCGAAAAUUUUUUCUACUUCAUCCAAUAAUUCCUUGUCACUCAACGGCCUUUUAUUCGAUUCCAUGUUUAUUGGAAUUCCUAAUACAAAAAAUGCCGUCUUAGCAAAUGAUGAAAUCGAUAAAAAUUGCUUACCCGCAUAAGUUUCUCUUUCUAGAAGAACAAUAAACUAAAUACUUGUAUCAAUUCUAAAAUUUCUAAACCGCAUGGGAACUUACUGGCAACGUUGCCCAUAACCGGUCAAGUUGUGUUUACGAAUCGUUCUGCAAAUAUUUUCCAAAAUUAGUGUUAAAUAGUAUCAUUUAAUUACUGUGCUAUCGAUGAAUCCGAGCAUUACGGUACAUAGAACAAUAACGCUGCUUUGUAGUACCUAAGAUCUUCUUUUUGCUUCAAAUCGCCGAAAUUGGACGACAUUUAUCGCCAACUGUACUUUGACCCGUGCGCUUCUAUACAUUGACACCAGGCACUGGGAGGCUGGGUAUUGCUGUGAACCUCCAGCGGAGUUGCCGUAACUUUCGGAUAUCAACAUUAAAAUGCCAAAAACCAAGACUGAUAAUUGCGACAUAUGUCUUAAGGAGGUUUUUGAUGAUUGUCAAGCAUUACUAUGCGAUAAGUGCAACAUAUGGAAACAUAAAGAAUGCUUAUCAAUGUCAAAUAAAACAUAUCUUAAAUUAAGUAAAUCCAAUGAUGAUUGGAUUUGUGGCAAAUGUAAGACCAAAGAUGGUCCUGGUUUUGUUUCACAGGUGAAGAGGGAUUACACUCUGGCCGAUGUCAUGGCAAAAUUAGAGGAGAUGGAUAAUAAAUAUAAGGCAUUAUUUACUAAAUAUAACGAGCAAUUAAAAAUAAACGAACAAUUACAGGAUGAACUCGGCCAAAUUAAGCAACAGUUAAACAAAAAUGAACAAAAGGAACUUAAAAACAACUUGUUGGUUCAAGGAAUUCCAUACAAAGAAAACGAGAACUUACCUGACAUUAUAAAUAAAAUUGGCAAUUACCUUGACGUCCCGAAUGGAAACAGGUUUACGACUUUUCGAUUGGGCAGGGAUAACAAUAAAAACAACCCUGUUAAAGUCAUCUUUGAAGAUGAAUC